UUCAAAUCUCACUGAACUUACUCUCUCUUCCUACAGCUGUGAUCACCUGAUAGGACCAGAAUGUGGACCUCUUCUAGACACAUGUUCUGCACUCUGUCCGCAUUCAUGAGCCUUGCCGUCAUUUUUUACACCUACCGUGUACAAAUCAGACAGGAGAGUAGAUCUCGGGUACUUCCCGUUGCCACAGACACCAUCACACCACUGGAUAAUCGAACAUUUAUCAUCUCUCCGUAUUACGAGCCCAGGCUUGGCCAAUCAGUCCGGGUCAUCGCCAUCCUCCAUGUGUCUGUGCAAGAACUCUACUGUAUCUUCCAUUGUUCCUCCAAUGAGAACGUCUUCCUCCGGGCACAGAUCGAUCUUCACAGCGACGGUUUCGGGUUCCCGUAUGGGACGGCAGAUCUUCUAUGUGCAGAACCUUCCGGGUGCGAUUACACUUAUAUGUCUUUCUCUUCAACUAAUUCCACAAAUACAAGUCAGGACCUCCUGUUUGAGGUCAGGAACCGUCCGCCGCAGCCGAUCUCCGCCAAUUUCACCGUCUGUCUUUCUACUUUGUAUGGAAACUACAACAAUGUCCUCCAGGUGAUCCAGAGUAUUGAGAUGUACAAGAUUCUGGGGGCCUCCAGAGUCACCAUCUAUAACACCAACUGUUCCCGGGAUGUAGAGAAGGUCUUACGCCAUUACGUUGAUGAAGGAACUCUAGAGGUGGUGCCAUGGCCAAUAGACCGCCAUCUUCGGACAUCAAAAAAAUGGCAUUAUUCCGAAGGACUCGCCGCCGAGAUUGGAUAUUUUGGACAAACUGCAACCCUAAACGAUUGUCUAUACAGGAACAUGUACAAAAGUAGGUUUGUUCUCCUCAAUGACAUUGAUGAAAUCCUUCUUCCGGUCAAGGACUGGGACUGGCCAUCCCUGAUGGAGGAUCUUCAGAACAAACACCCAGAUACAAGCGUCUUCCGCUUCCAGAGUCACGUCUUCCCCACUUCGGUCAACAAUUCUGGAUUUGGCACGUGGUCCCAUGUUCCCGGGGUCAAUGUUCUCACUCACCUUCUUCGACGCCCCAACAAUAACUUUACUGCCCCCAAAAUGAUCCUGAACCCCCGAGACGUAUUUCAGACCUCCAUCCACAAUACUCUGAAACACACAAGAAAUUCCACCGUUUUAGGACAAGAUACGACCAUGCUCUUCCACUGUAAACAGAUGAGAAACGUCGACGUCAACGACCUCCUUCCAGAUGAUAGAAUAAUGAGAUACAAUCUGUCCUUAGUGCCCAACGUAGAUAAGGUGAUCCAGAGGCUUUUCCCUCAGCAAUAGCCCUCCCCCGACCCUCUAUAUAUUCUGUAUAGGGUGACCAUACUGGCCCCUAUUUCCCGGUACCGACCUGUAUUUCCCGGCACAGUCCCGUAUUUCCCGGCACAGUCCCGUAUAUCCCGGGACAGUCCCGUAUUUCCCGUGACAGGCCUGUAUUUCCCGGCACAGUCCCGUAUAUCCCGGGACAGUCCCGUAUAUCCUGGGACAGUCCCGUAUAUCCCGGGACAGGCCCGUAUUUCCCGUGACAGGCCCGUAUUUCCCGGCACAGGCCCGUAUUUCCCGAUACAGGCCCGUAUUUCCCAGGACAGUCCCGUAUUUUCCGGCACAGGCCCGUAUUUCCCGGCACAGGCCCGUAUUUCCCGGGACAGUCCCGUAUUUCCCGGGACAGUCCCGUAUUUCCCGGCACAGGCCAGUAUUUCCCGGCACAGGCCCGUAUUUCCCGGGACAGUCCCGUAUUUCGCGGGACAGGCCCAUAUUUCCCGAGACAGGCCCAUAUUUCUCGGGACAGGCCCGUAUUUCCCGGGACAGGCCUGUAUUUCCCGGGACAGUCCCGUAUUUCGCGGGACAGGCCCAUAUUUCCCGAGACAGGCCCAUAUUUCUCGGGACAGGCCCGUAUUUCCCGGGACAGGCCUGUAUUUCCCGGGACAGUGCUGCAUUUUGCAGGUCAGUCCCGGGUCUCGGGC